AUGCAGUAUUCUACAGUAAAAGUCAUAGGACUCGUUUUUCAUUUUGUUGUCUGUGUGGUCUCCACGGAUUUUGAUAAUGCACAUGUUAUGGGAGUGCCACAAGUAACCUGCUCAUCUAAAUUAAUUACCGUCACAUUUAACACAAACAUUCCAUUUCAAGGAAGGAUAUCUGUAAGCGCAAUUGGUUCCAAAAAUUCACACUUUUUCAAAAAUUCUCAGGUAUAUAACAAAUUAUUCAUACCUGCAUGUAACCAUGAUUACUCUACGAAUAUUCAAAAGAACGCCACAUUUCACAUGGAUAUUAUGAAAUGUGCAGAUACAUCAUUCUUAAAGAAUGGCUCACGAAUACUGAAAGCUUAUGUGGAAAUUGGUUUUCACCCAUUGGUGAUGACCAAUAGUGACAGAACGUUUUUGGUGGAAUGCCUGGAUAAUACUAUCAUGCCUAUUGUCAAUGUUGCUCAGAGUUUUGCGGAUUGUACCCAUUUGGUGAGAAUGGCGUCUGAAUGGAGUAGUAUGACGGAGUUCCAUGUAGGAGAUGCGAUAGUUCAUGAAUGGAGUUGCAAACUGCCAAAUUCAGCGAAAACUCAAACAUUUCUUACCAAUUGCAAUGCACUCUCCCAAAAUGGCCAAGUGAUCCAUUUAAUCGAUGAAAAUGGAUGUGUUAUUGAUUCCGAACUGAUGGGAGAUGUUGUCUACAAUGAUCAUGUGCCAAAACUUUAUGCCAGAGCGAGAAUCUUCAAAUUUCUCACCGAUGACAAAUAUCGAAUAGAAUGUACGCUGGAGUUUUGCGAUAAUGGCUCUCCAUGCAAGGAACGGGUAUUCCCUCCAAAAUGUGCCUUUACCAAAGAGGAAAUUACGAAUCGAUCGAUACGAAAUCAAUUGGAACAGUCCACAAUGUCAGGUGUUCCCAGCAUUGCAUAUGACAGUAAGCUGAAAGUCAGCUCAGCCUGGCUUUCAAUCAAGUUGAAUCAAUAUACCGAGACACAUGGUCUUCAUCCAAGAUAUCACCUUAAAACAUUCUUGGAUCCUACACUCCAUGAUGUAAUCCCUAUCAAUGCUGCUGAUCACUUUCUUAUGGGAAUCUCAUAUCGAGAACCCAUCCCAAAACUAUCAUCCCACCACACAGACACCCAUCCUGACAAUAAUAGAGUUGAAGGAGCGCGCAUUCUCCAUUCAUCAGCCUUCCAACCCAUCAUCAGUCCUCCAAUAGACUCACACGAGGAGUUCAUCGAAACUAUAACCUUUGGCAGCAGUCUAAAUUCGGAGCCAAUUCUGAAUGUGCAAAAAGAAAUGCAUCUGCGGCAAGAGGCCGUGCAAAAAGUGUUUCCGCACAAGGAGAAGGAACCGCUGAAAACGGAAAAAUUCAUGAAGCAGAAUAAGAACGAAAACAACAAGAAUGGAGUGCUGGAAGACACAACACAAUCUCCACUAGUUUUUACGACAACAACUCCAAGCGCCACCAUGAUGGUCCCCACAACAACAACAAUGACGUCGUCUACUAAAAGCUUUAAUAUUCACAAGGUCACGGAACUUUUGAAUACCAAGAAGAAAUCGUUUGAAAAAGGAAAUGCACUUGUGGAAAUGACGCAAACGACACCUGCUACGGCUACGGCGGUCAACUUGAAAUUCUACUCCACCACUUCGGCCAAAAAGCUAACUCCAACGACUCCAUAUGCACCUGCGGAAAGUAGCACAACACCACAACCACCAAACUCAACGAAAUCUAUAAGAAACGUAACCCAUAGUGUACCUACCGUUAAAAAAUAUGACAAAUUCGUGAACAAUAACGCAGACUGGAGAUUUGACGAUAAAGCCAUUAAUGAUAGCGAUAUAUCCCAAAGACAGUGCAAAUGGUCGGGCGUCGAGCACCUUCUAUUGAUCUGGUCAUUCGCCUCGCUCAUUGUUUGGAUGAUGUUGAUUGCAUUAUUUCUGUACAGAUACUCAAGUCGCAAACCACAGUGGAUCGGUUUUAGAGAGAAAGAACUGCGGCGAGUCACACAAUCACGCGUCCUGAGUCAGGAUCAUCCAUGGUUGCACGCGGACGCUUUCGAGGAGAGGAAUCAGAAUAAGAAUGAGAUAGAGAUAAACCAUUUCACAUAG